UCUCGUUAAAGUGGGAGAGUAGCUGCCCGUGACUCGGACAGUUGAAUUUCCCAUGCCUUCCUAGUCCAGGCCAGCUGCCGACCGCAUAGCUUGCCCUGAUCUCCAAGCAUGGGUCUUCCUCUUUUUACUCCAGGAAAAGGCUAAUAGGAGAAAAGAAGAGAAAUUAAUUCUUUUGGGGUGGAUCCAAGACAGCUGCUCCAAAAAGAGACUCCCAAAGAUGUCAACUCAAGGCCAUACCUGGGCCCGACAGGUGAAGAAGGAAGAUGAGGAAGAGGACCCGCUGGACCAGCUGAUCUCCCGUUCUGGCUGUGCGGCUUCCCAUUAUGCAGUACAAGAGUGCAUGGCCCAGCACCAGGACUGGCGACAGUGUCAGCCACAGGUACAGGCCUUCAGGGACUGCAUGAGUGAACAGCAGGCAAGGCGCAGGGAGGAGCUGCAGAGGAGGAAAGAGCAAGGCAGUGCCCACCACUGA